GAUAACUUCACUUAUUGCAUGUAAACAUUUUGUAGAUUAAAUAUUAAAUUCAUUGUGUUUAAAAAUUUUUUGAGUCACUAAAUCACUUCAACAGAUCUUUUUGUUGUAACAUAAAUUCAAAAUUUUUGUAGUUAUAAGAUCUCUCAAAAUGUUGUCUAAUUGGGAUAUAGAUGCAAAGAUAAGUUCUUUAAAAGAAGCGCGUGAGAAUACACGUAUAUUUGGUAUUGAUGCGCUAUUGACUCCAAUAAAAUCAGAACUGGGUGUGGUACAAAAUAUAACUUUCAUACAACGUCAGGGACGUAUGCGAGAACUUUUUAGAAAAGAAAAGAAAGCAUACGAAGAGGAGCUAGCUAAGUUGGGUAAGGGUACUUGGCGAAUGAAUACGUCGAAACAUGGUAAGCCUGAAUGUUUUCCUGCCCAAGGUACAAUUAGCACUGAUAUAACUAGAUAUGGGUUUCUGCAUAUACCUAUCGAACAGCUACCAACACGCCGUAGAAGCAGUUUCUCAAAAACUGCUGAUACUCAAUCACAAAUUUGAGUUCUUGAGAUUAUACUAAUAAAGGUAUGCGCUGCGAUAAGUGGUAACGGCAGAAAUCGAUGAGGUUUGCACAACGAAAUAAAAGUUAUGGUAUGGAAAAAAUAUUGUUAAAAUAUACAUCGCUUUGUUCCCAACUUUGGAUCAAAAUUUAAUU